AUGGGGUCUAAGGGGAUAUGGAUCCUUCUGAUCCUGUGGACCAUGUUCAUGGUACUUUUGAUCGCCACCUACUGGGACGUAAUGGGAAUAGGCACCUUGGUCACACUGUACAAAGCCAUAUCUGGCCCCCAUGCCAGAGAGCCACUAGAGGGAGGUCCCCGGAAGACCGAGCCGACAGACAAAGAGCCUUCCUUCCUGUCAGUCAGCGAUGCAUUUGCCAACCAGGUCCUGGACAACAUAAAGGACCCUACAGAGCAGCUUAGUGAGCAGCACCUGUCUGGGAACACUCACCACCAGCCCAAAUCGUCUAAGUCAGACAAAGGCCUUCUCAGGCGUGAGUGGAAAAUUCACUUGACACCUAUUUCACAGAAUCUCAAACAAAGGCAAAAGGAGCGUAAAGAGACGUUACGUAGCGUCUGUAGUGCCAACAGCACAUUCCCGGGAAAGAAUCGAAAGUUUGACGACAUUCCCGACAACGAAUUGAAACACUUCAUUGUGGACGACCGUCACAAGAUCAUCUACUGCUUUGUGCCAAAGGUGGCCAGCACCAACUGGAAGAGAACUAUGGCUGUGCUAAGUGAGAGACGGGUUGGUGGUGUGACUUACAAUGACCCCCAGAAUGUUCCCUACUCAGGGGACCAUCAAAACAACGUGCACUUCACCUUUGACAAGUUCAGGAAGCGCUACGGCAGUUUCUCACGGUACAUGAUGGAAAGCAAGCUGAAGAACUACACCAAGUUCCUGUUUGUCAGAGACCCCUUCGUCAGGCUCAUCUCUGCCUUCCGGAGCAACUUUGAGAGGGCCGAUGACGCGUUCUACAAGAAGUAUGCCCGGGGUAUGCUUCAAAAAUAUGGAAAGUACCGCAAGCCUCCAGCUGCAAUCAAAGGCGUCUUGGCAGCUGGUAUUAGACUGAAAUUCUCUCACUUCAUCCAGUACCUUUUGGACCCUAAGACGGAGAGGUCGGAGGCCUAUAACUCCCACUGGAGACAGAUACACCGCUUGUGCCACCCGUGCCAGAUAAACUAUGACUUUGUGGGUAAGCUGGAGACACUGGACAAGGAUGUUGAGCACUUGCUGCAUAUUCUGCGUGUGGACAAUGUGGUCAAUUUCCCUGUGAGUGAUCGGAACCAAACCACACUCAGCUGGGUGCGGGAGUAUUUCGGCAGCAUUCCUUACAAGUGGCGGAAAGAACUCUACAAACUGUACGAAACUGACUUCAGACUUUUUGGAUAUGACAAACCCAAGGAACUUAUAUGA